CCUUACAAUUGCUUGAGUGUAAAGCUUUCUUCCUGCAAUUUGGCAGUCCAUUUCACCAUUAAUCAAUCCAAAAUCCAAUACCCAUAAUUCAACUUUCUUCUCUUUUCGUUUUCUAUAUUUGUCCCAUUUCAUUUCGCUUUUGUUUCUCCUUCUCUCUCUUCUCCACCAGUUUCCUCUUCGUCUUCUUCGUCUUUCCCUGUUAUUCCCUUCUUUCACUUAGCUGUUUUCACUGUUCAUGUACGAGUAAUGGGUCCAUAUCCAUUUCCUCCUUUUGCUUCUUGUUGAUUCAAGCAGACCCAGGGUCAUCAACAAGACUAGUAUCAUGGGGAAAAGAACCGAUUGGCAUGAAUCCGAGGAAGCUGUUCUUGGACCACAUGUCCUUGAAUUAUUUUCAUCUGGGCAAUAGAUUAUGAAACAACCGCAGUUGGUCAUACAAACGAGGGGUUUUUAUAAAACAACACAUAAAUAAGACUUCUGCAAUGGGAACAAAGCAUAUGCAGUCUAAUUCUACCAUGGUUGGAAGAGUCUCAAAAAGCCAAAAAAUGCUGUGCAAAGCUGUUGGUAGACCGAGCAAAGAACUUCAACAGCCAUCUCCUAAAAGUUUGGUGACUGCAUCAUCAAAGAAGCUAGAUUCAACAGCAUCAACAAGAGUAGCUUGCUGCAGAAGUCGAAGAUUUUGUACUUGUAAAAGUUGUAUGGAAUAUGGCCGACAUAAUGAGAUUAGCCUAAAAUUGGUUCAGAAGAAUGAAGCGGCUGAGCCAUUUUCAAGUAAAAAGUUUGUUGGUGUGGCAGAUAAACAGUGUAAACAAUUAUUAGAUGCAUUGGGAAUUUUCAAUUCAAAUAAGGAAUUGUUUGUAAAUUUACUACAAGACCCAAAUUCUCUGUUAAUUAAACGUAUUGAAGACUCUACUGAUUCAAGGAACAGAAAACAACAGAUGAUGACUUUCUUUGGUAGCAGGUUGUCUGAAAAUAAGAUAAGAGAAGUGGGGGAAUAUGAGGAGCCUGACUGCAGUCAAAACUUGAACCCCUGUGAUAGAUUACCCGCUGAUGAUAGUGAUGAUUCUCUAUCUUUGGAAAGAAUAGUAGUAUUAAAGCCAAAUCCAACUAGCUCACUACAGGCGGCUGUGGGAACCAAUUAUUGCACCUCUCUGAAAUCUCAUUCUAGUUUCAUAAAGAAUGGGCAGAGUGACAAGGGAACUCUUUUUUCUUUUAGACAAAUAAAGGAGAAGAUGAAGCAAGCAAUGGGGGUACGGAAAAAAGAAAGUGAAUGCCUAUCAACUAAUGGUGUGCCCAAGAAAACUUCACCAGUUUGUAGGGCCCCAAAAGAUAAUGGUAAACAGAUGGUUAUGGGGGCAACUGGAAGAAGUUCCUAUAGUAAUAUUCAGACAGAUGAUAAAAGAAUUUCUAGUUCAUUUCAAGAUUCCCUAGAAAGGGAUCAACUAGAUAAGGCAUUUUACUCUAGAAAUGGGGACAAGACGGCUUCAACCAGUGAAAUUACUGACAAAAAGGUAGGCCAGUCGGCUGUGACAAGUAAUCUCAAACGGCAGAAGUCUAAGAAGCAUGAAGGGGACAGAGAGGUUUCAAGAAAAAUGAAAGCAAAACCUUGGGGGUGGGUGAUGUGCUUUUCUGAUGAUGACAUAUUGCCAUCAAAUAAACCUGGAUGCCAUACUGCAAGCCGUAUGAGAUAUUCCUACCUUAGCAAUAAGAAGUUUAUUCACGAGAAGAAGUCAAAACCUCAGAAUGACGAGGAGCAAAGUUGCAAUACUUUACAAAUGGUUAAAAAAGGAGCUUCGCUUGCAGGGGCAAGGAGAGAUGAUAACCAAGUGCAUGCCUCAACUACAGAGUUGAAUGUGUCACCCGUCAUUUUUUCUGAUGUCAAAGUAGAUCAAGAUCCAAUUAUUGAAGGGUCUGUGAAGAUCAUAAAAGACACUGCCACUAUAGACCAGGAAAGAAAUAAUUUCUGUGAAGAGUCAUCUAGAUUUGAUAACAAUUGCAACGCUAGUUAUUGUCAGAGAACCAACAAGAUCAAGGGCUUAGGAGAGAAAGGAAAUCCGGAGCUCUCUAAACUGAAUUUUCCUUUGGAGGUUCAACCAUUAGCUUUUUCAGUAAAUACAUUUCCAUCCAGCUCAUUACAAUUUCAGACAGUGGAAGAUCCUGAUGGUUUGUGUGAUAGAAAAGUGCAGCCUCUACCAGAAACUAUUCAUGGCCAACUUUUGGUAGAUGCUACCUCUAGUAAUCUUGCCUUCACUACAGGGACAGCUGAGCCAUCUAGUGAAGCACUCCCCAUUAAUUUUGAAGAGGACCAGUGCACUGGUUUGGCAAGGUUGCAAGAGGUUCUCAAUCCUGCCCUCGCUUCCUUUAAUUGUUGUAGCUCCAUCUCUCAGUUUGUACUUGAACUGCUGCAAGUCUCAAAACAGAAUUGGAAUGAAUUGUCUUUGGAUUGUCAUUCUUCAACUUGGCUGCAGAUAUCAUUUGUUGACAAAGUGAAGAUGUUUAGUAGCCAGUUAUGUGGUGAUUGUGUGAUUCUUUUUGACUAUUUUAAUGAGGUCCUUGAGGAUGUUUUCCACUGUUAUAUUAGAUGCUCCCCAUGGUUAUCAUCUUAUAAGGCACACAUUCAAGCACCUGAUAAAGAGAGUACUUUCUAUCAUGAGGUUAUGCAACAUGUGGAUUGGUCACUUCUGCAGCAGCAGCCACCACAAACACUGGACCAACUUUGUUUAAGAGACUUGAGAUCUAGAACAUGGAUCAAUUAUCCAACUGAAACUGAAGAGAUUGUUACCAUUAUAGUGGAAUCGGUUUUAAGAGAAUUGAUCGUUGAAAGUGUUGUUUACCUCGGUUUGUGAAGCUUCCCUUUACCAUUGCACAUCGUUCUGUGCAAAUUCUGGGUAAACUUGUAAUAUCCAACAUCAGGACCAGAAUUCUAAUGUAAAGUUCUGUUGUCCAUUUGAAUAGAAUGUUAAAGCAGGCUUUUCACUUGCUUUUAGGGCAGGAAAUUGUGUAAUGUUUUGGCCUGAUUCUAUCAUGCAUUUUAUUUGUAUAGUUGAGUUUCAAUUA